UUCACGCGCUCCAUCCUGUCACAGUGUGAGCCUCAUCCUCCACUGUACACCACCUCCUCUUCCUCCUCUUCCUCCUCCUCCCACUCGUGCAGGCAGCAGCAAGGUCGUCCUCUUCCUCCUCCUCCUCCUCCUCCUCCUACUCUUCCUCGCCCUUCUUCUCGUGCAGACGAUGCGAGCGACGAGCUGCUAGGACAACUUCUUGUUUUCCUCCUCCUCCUUCCAGUUCUCCUUCUCCCCCCCUCGUGUUUCUCUCCGUGCGGAUCGCAGAUCUCGGGACCCGCGCUCGCCGGCGACCUUUGAAUGUGACAUCGCUCCGACAAGGCGGGGAAUAAAAAGCCAUCGGCAUGAAUUUCGUUAUGAAGCAAGCGUUGGGAGGGGCCACCAAGGACAUGGGCAAGAUGCUGGGCGGCGAGGAGGAGAAAGACCCCGACGCCCAGAAGAAGGAGGAGGAGAGGCAAGAGGCGCUGAGGCAACAAGAGGAGGAGAGGAAGGCCAAGUACGCCAGAAUGGAGGCGGAGAGGGAAAACAUCCGACAGGGCAUCAGGGAUAAGUACGGAAUCAAGAAGAAGGAGGAGAAGGAGGCGGAGGCGGCGGCCGCCAUGGAGCAGGCCUCGGAGGGCAGCCUGACGCGCCCCAAGAAGGCGGUGCCCACCGGCUGCGGCGACGAGGAGGAGGAGGAGAGCAUCGUGGACACGGUGAUGAAGUUCAUCCCGGCGCCGCUCAUGGAUAUGUUCAACAAGAAGUAACGCCGCUUCGCGCUCGGCUCUUCUUCCACUGCUGCGGCGUGCGUGACCUUACCUUGGUCAGAUAAUGGCUCAUUUGAUGUCCCGUCUGCCACUUAUUAAUAAAAGUCAUCCUCAUAAUCGCCCCCCCCCCCCCCCGUCAUGCCUGCUUUGAUUUGUAAAUAGCCCGGCCUUCGUUACAUGGCAUAUAACCAGCUGGAUAGAGUACAAGCCAUAUUUGUAACUUUGAAGACAAUAUCCAAGUCAUAUUUGGUUCUUUUGUUGUCGGUAAUAUCUGAAAAAAAAAAGAAAAAAAGUGAUUGAUUGGUUUGUUAAUUGUUUUUUUUGGAGUGCUUUUUUUUUUUUUUUUUUUUUUAAACAUUUUUUUUUUAUUAAUGGCAUGCAGUGAGACGUGACGUGACGUGACGUGGUCGUUUGUCGCCACCGCUUUAAAAAAAAACAAACCAAAAAAAAAACCCAUUCAAAUCUGGAUUGUUGACUCGCUCCACAUCAGAGUGAGCGGGGGGCUUAAAAGAAAAUCCUCAAAAUGACGCAAAGUUUGUCUCCGAGCAGUAAACGAUUGUUGUCGCCAACGUUUUGCUUUUUGUUCUGCGAUUGCAAAAAAAUAUGACACUUCAAAAACAGCAUACGGUGGCAACUGCGGAAUAUUCGAAUUGUCUCUCAUCCGUCCGUCCGUGGCAGUGACGGACGAGCUUGGUUUUUGCCCCCCCCCCGUUGUUUGGUACCAAAAGCGAACAUCGCAUAUUCUUGAGUCGUUUAUCGCCGGCCGGAGUUGUCAGAUGUCCUGAUUAUCAACAUUGACAUUUCGCUUUUGCGUGUUUUGAUGUUUGCGUGUCGCGAGACCCUCCAUUUUUGCUUCUAUAAAAUUCUAACGACACGCAUUCAUGAAUUGCGCCAAGUGUUUGCUCCAUAAUGUCAGUCGUCGCAAAAUGUACAAAUGGCACACGCGAAGUUGGAGGGUUGUUUGUUUUUUUUCUUUUCAAUACGCCAAGUUAGCCUCAUUAUUUGUCACAAAAGCAACAGAAUGUAUUAUUUACAUAUUUUUCCGAAAAAGUAAUUAUUUAUUUAUUUAUUUUUUUGUAAAUUUGUUUCAACGUUCACCGGAGUGUUUGCAUCGUAAUGUCGGAAAACGUAAAAAUGCUGCAAAAAGGUCUUCGGAUGCCUUUUUACCGUAUGUUAGCUUGCUGCUGGAAGACGCAAGACACGGGUACAAUGUUGGCAUCGUAACAUUCUUUUUUUUCUUUGGGAAAUGCAAAAACACAUUGAGAGGGUCAUCGGAUGUGGAGAUGUUUGCCGUGAUCUUUUUGUUUUUCUUUGUACAUUCCGCGAUGUCUUUCCAAACUCUUCCACGCAAUACCGCCAAGUUAGUCGGUUUUUGUAUAAAAAUGUAACGUCGCACAUUCACGAGUUGUUUAAAGCCGCCAUUGUCAUUGACAUCAGAACGUUAUUGUUCAAUCGGGAUAAAUGCAGCAAACGUUGAAGGGUUGUCAAAUGUGAACUUAUUUUGUUAUCUCAGUCACUACACAACAUCUUUCCGAGACAUUCCGGCUAUUUCAGACAAUAGCGCUAAGUUAUUAGCCGCAAAAAAAGAGAACAUUUUAAGACGGUUAUUCAUCGAAAAAUGGAAAAAAAUCAUAGCACGUGAAGUCGGAAGUCCGAUGUUUUUUGUUUUGUUUUUGUUUUAUCGCAAAGUCUUUCUGCAACAUUCCAACUAUUUCAGACAUUCCGCUAACUUACCUCGUUGUUAGCCAAAAGCUAGGCUGCCGUUAGGCGCAAAAAAAAUCAACGCAAGCAUUUCCAGAAAUCGACUGUGAUUUUAGCAUUCAAUCUGAGCAACAGUCCAGCUUGUACGUGACAAAUCGUAAACGUUAAAGCUAAAUGUUUCACCGACCGAAUAUCCUGAAUGUCUCGUAUUUGUGCUCAUUUUAGUCAUCUAAAAUGACAGAAUUGUGUUAAAUUGGCGCGUUGCAGUAGCGUCCUUUUUAUCAGCAUGACGAGCGUGUUCCUGUAAUUUCACCCUGCUAGUAAACUGCCGCUGCUAGCCCGCAUUUAGUGCGCUAGCACCCGAUUGGUGACCAAAAUCAUACAUCCGCAAACGACGUCAUCGAGUCAAACCAAAGAACGCCGCUCGUAGUAUUGGACGAAAUAGUUUUUCGUUUGAUGAAAAAUUCUGCGUAUCUCAGUACCUUCGCUAGCCUUCUUCUACGAGCGUCAUUAGCCAAGCUCGCUGAAAUCCCCAAGGGCCUUGAAAUUGUGCACAAUCGUUGUUUACAGCCCCGGCCCAAAUCUACCGAGCUACGUAACUGCCCCCCAACCCAUUUGUACGAGUGACCGAGCUGCUGCCGCGCUCUCCUCGUAGCGUCGCUAGUUGAAAUUGUCACGCUCCCCACGGCUAACGGAUCACUGCCGCUCGCUCCACAAAAGCCUUUUGUUUUUUCGCCUCAUUAAUCAUCAUCAUAAUGACAAUAACUCGUAGAAAAAAGCCACUUGACACUAAAACUACUCUUCAAUGUGACUUGAAUGUAAACGUGUCAUGUUUGUAGUGUCUACUUGUGAAUGCUGAAGUUAGCGCGCUAAUCUUUUGUGUUGUCUCUAGGUGGUCUUGUUCCUGUCCUCUUGGUAGCUGGUGACUGUUUUGAAUCUUUGUUUUUUGUUUUGGUCUCAAGUGGAUUUGAAGUGCAUAUUUAAGUCUUUUCUACUGCAAUGUGCUCUCGCCCUCCUCCUCCUUGCUGGAUGUACGCAUGCAUGCUCUGUGGCGCGCGACGCUGCGACUAUGAAGCGUUUUCCAUGUGUCCCGUUGUGCGCCGCCGUGUUAGCCUCACUUGCAUGCCACUGAAGACAGAAUAUUUUAGUCAGGAAACCUUCCUUCCAAAAAAAAAGACACGAAAAACGUGGAAUCACUGCAGACUCUGAGAAUAAAGUGAUUUCAUCCCAA